UGUAUUAUGUCUCAUCCUUGUGUUUGAGACGACACUGAUUGUUGAUAAUCAGCCAACACGCCGUGGGUACACGAGCAGAGAAUAUCGAAAGAACACUGAGUGGGCCCACCACAAAAGCCCACAAUCAUGACAGAAGCAUCACGAGAUCCUGAGAUGGCUGAUUCAGAAAAUACAGACAACGGCAGGACAACGUUGAAUUUGACUUGUCCGACGACAAACAAAAGUAAACGGCCCCUUCCGGAUCGUGGAACAUGGAGCACCAAACUGGAUUUUAUCCUUAGUGUGGUUGGCUUGGCAAUCGGUCUUGGUAAUGUCUGGCGAUUUCCAUAUCUAUGCUAUAAAAAUGGCGGCGGUGCUUUUCUAAUUCCCUACUUUUUGACGCUGUUUCUGGCCGGUAUACCCAUGUUCUUCAUGGAGCUGGCUCUUGGACAGAUGCUCACAGUGGGCGGCCUCGGAGUCUUCAAAAUAGCGCCGCUCUUCAAGGGCAUCGGUUAUGCCGCCGCCGUUAUGUCCUGCUGGAUGAAUGUCUAUUACAUCGUUAUCCUAGCCUGGGCAAUUUUUUAUUUUUUUAUGUCAAUGCGUAGUGAAUUGCCUUGGGGAAGCUGCAACAAUGACUGGAACACUAAGAACUGUGUAAAUCCUUACGAUAGAAGUUCGUUGUUUUGCUGGAACCAAAUCUCGGCGAGAAAUGGUAGCGUCAUCAGGAUGUGUACGCUCAAUCAUGUUAAUGUGACAGUGACCGAGCUUACGGAUCCUGUGAAGGAGUUUUGGGAGCGUCGAGCGUUGCAGAUCAGCGACGGUAUUGAAUCCAUGGGCAAUAUUAGAUGGGAAUUGGCGGGUACGUUGUUAUUAGUGUGGAUAAUGUGCUAUUUUUGCAUCUGGAAAGGUGUUAAAUGGACCGGAAAAGUCGUUUAUUUCACAUCUCUCUUCCCAUACGUGUUGCUCACUGUUCUUCUAAUACGUGGCAUUACAUUGCCCGGUGCUAUGGAAGGCAUUCGAUUUUAUAUUAGUCCAAACUUGUCUAAGCUUCGGGAAUCCGAGGUGUGGAUCGAUGCAGUGACACAAAUCUUUUUCUCGUACGGUCUCGGACUCGGCACUCUAGUGGCUCUCGGCAGUUACAAUAAAUUCACUAACAACGUCUAUAAGGAUGCUCUGAUUGUUUGCUCGGUCAACUCAUCCACCAGCAUGUUCGCAGGCUUCGUGAUAUUCUCGGUGGUUGGUUUCAUGGCGCACGAGCAGCAGAAACCGGUCGCCGAAGUGGCCGCUUCCGGACCAGGGUUGGCCUUUUUGGCUUAUCCAUCAGCUGUUCUUCAACUACCAGGCGCGCCAGUUUGGUCGUGUCUAUUCUUCUUCAUGCUGCUGUUGAUUGGACUCGACUCCCAAUUCUGCACAAUGGAAGGCUUCAUUACGGCUAUGGUAUUCUCUUGA